CUUUCCAAAAGAAAGAACUUCAAAUUUAUGAUUAUUAUUUCUGCAUGGUGAUAGAAGGCAAAAUAUUGUUAGAGAUGAUGGAUGGGUUCAACCAUUUUGUUAAAUAUAAUAAUUUAUGGUUGCACUCAAAAUUUAGAGUUAAAAUUGAGUCAAAUAAAAUGAAAAAUUUAAUCGUAUAAUUACAAUAAAAUAAAAAAUGUUAUUAGAUUAUGUAGUUUAAGAUUUCUUAACACUUCUUGAACAUGUAUCUUCAAAAUUGAUGGACCAAGUCUAAUAAAUAUUAACAAUAUGUAAAUAGGAAUAGAAUGAGGUGGAAAAUAUUAUAUAAAUUGGAAAAGAAUAGAAUAGAAUAAGCUGGAAAAGCGACCCGACAAAGCAGCUAAGCAACAAGUGAGAGGAGAAAGGCAGAGAUGGUUGGACCGCGUGGCGUUUUGCAGUGUAACAUUCAGACUCACCCUCCAUCUUCCUCGCUUCCCAAUCACUGCCCGUCCUUUUUGCUAUAUAAACUAACUCACCCUUUCCAUUUUUUUACACACACUCUGACACCAUUUCCAUCUGCAAAAUCAGAGGUUUUUUUUUGGCUUAAGGCGCACGUACCUUAAAGCGGGAAAGGAUGCGAGUUGGAGUUGUGGCCAAGAGUCUAAAUCCAUAAAGGUCAAGAAGGAAGAAUUGCAUUUCUAAGUGGAGACGAAGAAUAUGGAGCCGAGCGGUGAGAAUGAAGAGAAGGCGAAAUCGGUAGAGACAGAAGAGAAGAAGGUCGAGGAAAAAGAAGAGGAGAAGGAGAAGGAGAAGGAGAAGGAGAAGGAUACAGAGGUUAAGGAAAAAGAAGAGAAGGAGAAGGAAAAGGAUAAGGAUAAAGAGGUUAAGGGAGACGAAGAGAAAGAGAAAGAGAAAGAAAAGAAAAAGAAGAAGAAGAAAGACAAAGAUGGGAAAGAGAAAGAGAAAAAGAAAAAGAAGAAAAAGGAUAAAGAGUUAGAAGAAGGAAAAUCCGAAGAGAAAAAAAAGAAGAGGAGGAGAAAGAAGAAGAAGGAUAAAGGUUCUUCUUCCUCAUCGUCGUCAUCGUCAUCUUCUUCUUCCUCGUCAUCAUCUUCAUCUUCUUCGUCGUCUUCUGAUUCAGAUUCAGAUAAGAAAAAGAAAAGAAAAGAGAAAAAGAAAAAGAAGCAAGAGAAGGAAGACGAUAAAGAGCCGAAAGAAGAUGAACACAAAGAGAAGAAAGAUGACGAGACAAAAGAGAAAAAGAAGAAAAAGAAGAAGGAUAAAGAUCAUGAAGAAGGUGAGGGAAAAGGCAAAGUCAAAGAUCUUAGCAAGCUAAAUCGAAUGCUAGAGAGAACUAAUAAGAGAUUAGAAAUCCUUAUUGCAAGAAAGGCGGACAUCGAAAUGCGGAUUAAAGAAGCCGAGGAGAAAAAGUGCAGUGAAGCUGCUGCUGCUGCUGCUGCUGCAGCUGCAGCCGCAGCCAAAGCUGCAAUCGAGGAACAGAUCACCGAAGCCACACUCUGAGUAAGUGGCUCCGACAAACCAAUAUGCUAUAGACGUAUUCAAUUUCAAACAAUAACAUACGUCCAUUAAUGUGAAAAAAAGAUAGCUACAAAUUUACAGAAAACUAUUUGUAGCAGUCCAAUAUUAUUUGAAUAAGAUAAUAAUGUGAUUUUGAGUUA